AUGUAUAGUCAGCGAUUUGGCAUCGUGCCUCGGGAAGUCAAGGGUCCCACUCCCAAAGUGGUGCUGGUGAGAGCCAAACCACCCAAAAGCCGAGUGGCUGAGAGACAUCUGGAUAGAAUCCAACGUAGCCAUGAAAAGCAUCAAGCUAUCUUGACUUCCAUUAAGAUAAAUCAGCAGAAUCGCUUGAAAGUUGAUUGGGACCAACACAAUGAUCGCAAGUUUUUUAACAGCCUUGUGCAAGCAAGAAUCAAGGAUGCCAAGCAAGGAUUUAUCAUCAACACUGAAGAGAGACGAAAUAAGCUACGUGAACUUUUAGCAUUAGAAGAAAAUGAAUAUUUUACUGAAAUGCAAUUGAAGGAAGAAACGAUUGAGGUAAAAAAAGACAGAAUGAGAGAGAAAGCCAGAUUAUUAAAAGAGAAGAAAGAAAAAGAGAAACAGAUUUUUGUGGCUGAAAAGCUAGAUCAGCAAUUCAGGGAACGCUGUGACGAGCUUCGCCAGGAAUUGUUCAGUACUCACCAAAAGAAGGUGUGUGAGGAACGGAAAGCACAGAUAGCAUUUAACGAGGAGAGGAAGAGGCAGAAGCUGGUGGAAGAGCAGAUGUUCGCAAAGCUCUGGGAGGAAGAUCGGUUAGCCAAGGAGCAGCGAGCAGCCCAGGAGGCUAGGAGGCAGAGGGAGCAGGUGGAGAACACGCGUCUGGGGCUCAACGCCCAGAUCACCGCUCUGCUGGCGCAAAGGCAGGCGGCGAAGCUGCUAAAGGAAGAGGAGGCGCGCCUAUUGGAAAAUGAUAGUGCACAGGUGAAACUUGAGAAUGAAGCAGAGAAGCUGAAAAAACAGAAGACAAAGCUGGAAAUGAGGACCUUUUUGCAAAAAGCCCUCCAAGAGAAGAUGCGUCAUAUUCAGCAGGAAUACAGAGAAGAGCAGGACUUGAACAUGAAGCUUGUGCAAAAGGCCCUUCAAGACUUACAGGAAGAGGCCGAUAAAAAGAAGCAAAAGAAGGAGGAUAUGCUAAGAGAACAGAAGAUAUAUAAUGAGUAUAUGGCACAGCGACAUGAGGAAGAGAGAGCUCAGGAGAAAGAAUUGGACAGGAUAAUAGAGGAAGAGAAACAGAAGAGGUUGGCUGAGAAGGACAGGGAGCUGAAACUUGAAAAGGAAGCAAGGAAACAACUUGUGAAUGAGGUCAUGUGUACAAGAAAACUGCAAGUUCAAGAAAAGUUGCAACGAAAAGCCAAAGAGCAGGAAGAGUGUGCUAUGGAGCAGGAACGCAUAAAUGACGGUCUUAGAGAACUUAACCGUGAAGACAAAGAGAGUUUUGCAAGGCGCUGUGGUUUAGCCCAGGAAUAUAGGAGGCAACUGCAGAUGCAAAUAGCCUCCCAGCAGCAGGCCCGAGAAGCUAAGAAGGAAGAGAUACGCCGAGAGUUUGAAGCCGGAGUAGAGGCCAACAAGAUUUGCCAGGACAAGAUCCAGGAAAUCCUGAGCAACCCUCAAGCGCUGCCCCAAGACACUCAUCCCUUGCGGAGAGGAUGCUCAGUUAAGCUGCCCGUCUAG